CGCACGCGCAGUUCUCUUCAAGAUGGCGGCGGCUGCGGCUGCACGAGCAGUUCCUGUGAGCUCAGGAUUCCGGGGCCUGCAGCGAACGUUGCCACUUGUAGUGAUUCUCGGGGCCACUGGCACUGGCAAGUCCACCCUGGCUGUGCAGCUAGGCCAGAGGCUCGGCGGCGAGAUCGUCAGCGCAGACUCCAUGCAGGUCUACGAAGGGCUAGACAUCAUCACCAAUAAGGUCUCUGCCCAGGAGCAGAAGAUGUGCCAGCACCACAUGAUCAGCUUUGUGGACCCCCUUGUGACCAGCUACACCGUGGUGGACUUCAGGAACAGAGCAACUGCCCUGAUUGAAGAUAUUUUUGCUCGAGACAAAAUUCCUAUUGUUGUGGGAGGAACCAAUUAUUACAUUGAGUCUCUGCUCUGGAAAGUUCUUGUGAAUACCAAGCGCCCGGAGAUGGGCACCGGGAAAGCGACUGACCGGAAAGUGGAGCUUGAGAAGGAGGACAGCCAUGAACUCCAUAAGCGGCUCAGCCAGGUAGACCCCGAGAUGGCCGCCAAGCUACACCCACAUGACAAACGCAAAGUGGCCAGGAGCUUGCAAGUGUUUGAAGAAACAGGAAUCUCUCACAGUGAAUUUCUUCAUCGUCAACAUGCAGAAGAAGGCGGUGGUCCUCUCGGAGGCCCUCUCAAGUUCCCUAACCCAUGCAUCCUCUGGCUUCACGCUGACCAGACAGUUCUAGAUGAGCGCUUGGACAAGAGAGUGGAUGCCAUGCUCGCUGCCGGACUCCUGGAGGAGCUGAGAGAUUUUCACAGGCGCUAUAAUCUUAAGAACAUUUCAGAAAAUAGCCAGGACUAUCAACAUGGUAUCUUCCAGUCAAUUGGCUUCAAGGAAUUUCACGAGUACCUGAUCACUGAGGGAAAAUGCACACCAGAGACUAGUAACCAGCUUCUAAAGAAAGGUAUCGAGGCUCUGAAACAAGUAACUAAGAGAUACGCCCGGAAGCAAAACCGAUGGGUUAAAAACCGAUUUUUGAGCAGACCUGGUCCCAGUGUCCCCCCAGUAUAUGGCUUAGAAGUAUCUGAUGUUUCAAAGUGGGAAGAGUCUGUUCUGGAACCUGCUGUCAAUAUAGUACAGAGUUUCAUCCAGGGUCACAAACCUACAGCCACGCCAAUGAAGAUGGCGUAUGAUGAAACUGAGAACAAGAGAAGUUACCACAUGUGUGACCUGUGUGACCGGAUCAUCAUCGGGGACCGGGAAUGGGCAGCACAUAUAAAAUCCAAAUCUCACUUGCACCGAUUGAAGAAAAGAAGAAAGUUGAACUCAGAUGCUGUCCCUCCCAUAGAAACCCAAAGUAGUUCCCCAGACUGUGACCCGGAACCUAAAGAGGGGAAGUCCCCAGGGCAGCAUGAGCAAGAGCUGAAAGCCAGGGUUUGAGAGAUGUGCCUGGUGGCCUUUGCAGAGAUGUGGCGAUCAAGUGCAGGAGGGGGGAAGUGUUGGUGUCCCACGCCUGGCCGGAGGAGGGCUGGGCAGAAGGCCCCUCUAUCUUCUAUUCUGUGGUGUGGCCUGCGGUGGGAGCAGCAGGCCUUUCAGCCCUUGUGUGGCUGUUGUGUCUGGUAGUGAUGUAGUGCAGGGUGGGAUUUUUUUUUUUUUGAACCUUAAAGGUUUUAUUUUAGAAAGAGGCACAGAUUGCACAUUUUCUACUUGAGGAUCUUUUUUAGUGGUGAAUACCAAGAUUCAGUACAUCCUUUAAAAGAGAGUUCUUGUCCUGGGUACUGGCUAAAAAUAUCUCGCUUCCAGAUGCUUUUGUCAAUGACUGAAGUAUUGUAAGGCACAGUCAGGAGUUCUGGAUGUGAGAGAACGGCAGGAAGGAGCAGCCCAGAGAGACGAUGAGGCGAGCUGUCCCGGCUCUGAAUCUCAGAAGACGGAGAGGGGUCAGGCGGAGGUGGUUGUGACCCGGGUCUUGAAGACUAAAGAAAGAUCUGAGUCUGCUGAGCUAGCUGCUCCCGUGCAGAAUGGCUGGCGCUGCUGUCUUUCUAGGGUAGAAAGCUAUACGUUCUUUUGAAAUGUAAAUAAAAAGGUUUGCAA